AUGGACCAGGAGGAACGGAGGAUCGUGCUGAUUGGGAAGACUGGUGCUGGGAAGAGCGCAACAGGAAACACCAUCCUGGGAAACGAUGUAUUUAGAUCAGAACGAUCUUUAGAUUCUGUAACAGAAAUCACUGAACGUGCUGAAGCUGUGAUAGGAGGAAACCGUGUACGUGUGGUUGAUACACCAGGAUUCUUUAACACAACGUCACAUGAUGAGUUAGCGCUGCAGUUGUGCAGAAGUGUGACCCUGUCAGAACCAGGAGUUCAUGCUUUCAUUCUGGUUGUAGAGUUUGGGAGGUUCACAGAGGAGGAAGAUGUAAUUAGGAGCUUACAGAAGGUUUUUGGUAAACGUGUGAUGGAUUACACCAUUCUUCUCUUCACACAUAGUGAUCAGAUAGAAGAUGGUGAAAAAGAUCUAAACAGAAGCAGAUAUGAACAGAUUAGAUGGAUUUUAGAUCAGUGUGGAGGAAGAUUUCACAUCUUUAAUAAUAAAGAACCACAGAACAGACAACAGGUCACUGAACUUCUGCAGAAGAUAGACAGCAUGGUGCAGCGGAAUGGAGGAUUUUACACUAAUGAAAUGUAUGAGGAAGCACAGCGCUCAACCGUGAAAGAAUUCUGGGAGAACAAUAAGAAAUUCUUUUUAGUUGCAGCGGAGAGGAACACUAGUACCAGCAGGUACAUCCACAUCAGCUCCACCUUACUGAACUGGUUUGAGGCUCAGAGAUACUGCAGACUGUAUCACACCGACCUGGCCAGCUCACGGGAUUCAACUGAACAAUCUAUUAUAUCUGGAAUGAUCCCUGACUGGACCUGGUUUGGUCUGUCCAGGAUCACCUGGAAGUGGGUAGAUCAGACCAACCCGACCAGCAUCACCUGGAAGCCUGGACAACCUGAUAUUAUAACAGGUCAGAUCCAGAUCCUGAGGUUUGAGGUUCAGUCGGAUCAGAACAUGAACGAUCCUGCAGUAAAGGCAGCACUCCUACAAAUGAUCCUGCAGAAACUGAAGGAACAUGGGAUGGAACAGAACAUCACUCUGAAGUGGAGGGAGCAACCAGGAGGAGAUGUGUUCCACAAGAUGUGA